GUAUAUGACGUAUUGUAGGCGAUAAUUAUCUUAUUAACGUCUGUGUAGUCAGAUCUCGGAAAAAGCCUCAUGCCGAAUGUGUGCUAGGAUUCAAUUAAGUUUUUCUAAAAAGGUUUUUCACAACGCGUAGAAGCUUUGCUACGGAUGAGUAUGUGAGUAAGAUGAAAACGUGUGUUCUGAAUCGCGUAUGAAUCGCUACAUAUCUAUCUAGGGAACUUCGUUAAUGUCAAAAUAAAAAUAAUAUAAUUCUAUAGUGAAAGAUAGAUGAUGUCCAUUGGAGAUAGGUAUGAAGCUAAUUAAGUUAGUGAUCUUCUUUUGAGCAACUGAUAAAUGCCAUUACGAUCAUCAUAAUCAUAUAGUAAUAAUAAUAAUAAGGCAUCAACAUUGUACCUACUACGCUAGUAGCGUCUUUGUGCUUUUAAACUCUACCAAAGAUUCCAUUAAGAACAAUUGGUGUAGAGGAUUUGAACCAACUGACGUUGUCCACGUUUUCAAGACAGUGUUAUCCUUACAUGCUAAUUUUUUUUACUACAUAAUUUAGAUUCACUGAAAAGUCAAAGGUAGCGUUACGCAAUGCGCACCAUCAGUAUAUGAACUGCUGAGAAAUACAAUACAUGCAAAGAUGAAAUAUCGCCGGAGCAUCAGAUAUCAACAAGAGAACCAAUGUAAAUCAAUAGUUCAUUAUACAAAGGAGAAUGGCGCUUGACUGAAAGUAAAAUGCGGUCUAGACAUGGUCAGCUGAAAUUUCCGAGCUGGCAGUAAAGAAGACUCAUUUAUCCGCUUAGUGAAACAGGCAUAUUGAAAACGCUCGUUGAAAUGCGCGUGUCAUAGGUUUAUUACUGCCUUUUCGUGUCAUAUUAUGUGUUGGUUAUCAAAAAAGCUAAGAGGCAGGUAAUUGCUUUGAAAUGCACAAAGACCUAGCGAAUUACCAGUCUAACUUUAAAUGUUUCAGUAACUGUCCACUUUAGUUCAAAACAUGAUAAAAAGCAAGUACAUAAAGCCAUCGGUCUCUACGCCCCGUAGCGGACUUAACUACAACGUACAGUGCGUUUAAUGUUGUAAAUGGCCCAAGUAAACAAAUCUUCUGUCCAAUGGUAUUUCCACUGUAUGAGAUGCGGGAACGGAGUAACCAGUGACAUUAAGCAUACAUCUUACUUUAUUACGGACUGCCAACACAUGAUCUGCAAAGGCUGCCUUCCUACAAAUGACCAAAUCUGCUGUGUCUGUAAGAAUGAAUGCAAAAUUAAAUUCGUCGACGAUCCUGCAAUCGUCCCGUUAUUUGCCGACUUAAAUAAAGGUCGAAAACUUCUUGCAAAGGUGGCGAUGUUCCGGGAGACCCACGAUAAAGCGGUGUGUCACUUAUUAAAGAACCAAAUUAAUGAACUUAAGGCCGAAUCGGCACGUGCCCAGCGUUCUGCUCAGCGCUUGCAGCAUGAAUACGAGUCCCGUCGUGCACAAGCGUAUGGUCUAAAGUCUCCCAGUCCUGCACCCAUAUUACCGUCUCAGCUUUCUACGAACUUCGGGUAUCUGUGGUCUAACGAUGGCAGCCCGCAUGUGCAAGGUCAGGUUUUGUACAAGAGGCAAUUUUAUACUGUAAAUCAACAUCAGGAUCCGGGAAACCGUCAAACUUGGGUGCCAUACGACGAGGCUGCCAGUAAAGAACAGCAAACUAGAUACAGUAAAAAAACCAAGAACGAAAUAAAUAGAGAAUAUUCUAGAAAAUUUUCUACGGACAGGAAAAACGAUCUUGAAAAUAGAAGUAAAGCGAAGGUCUAUAUUUUUGCGAGCAAUGGAUAUCCUAGAUCGGAUCGCCAGGAAAUUAUUCGAAAUCAAAAAAAUUGACUCUUGUGAAGGCAACGGUGAAGGUACGGUGCCGCCUUCCGGAAACAGGAGGAACCAGUUAAAUAGCUAACAUAACAAAGUGAUCUACUCUGGGAACACUAAGGAUCGUAGCACACCGUUUAACGAACAGACGAGAGAUCCCGACGGUCCCGACGAACGAACGAAUGGAUAAUCUUAAAAGGUAUCACAACGAAAACCGACAUGACCAGGAGGUGUGCCUCGAUAGGAACAAAACUGGCCAUACAAUGUAUGCCUUCAAGGGUAGCGGCUAUAACGGGGCAAAUUAUUAAACCAAAAGGGAAUAUGAGAUGUAUUUCAGAAGCAAGUGAGAAGGUCGUGGGAUAGCCUACUAGAAGAACACAGGGGACCGUGGGUAGACAGUAGAGGAGAGUUUAGGAUCUAUCUCAGUGAAGACAACUAAUGUUGUAGAAGAUACGAUCACAGAACCAUAGAACAUUGUGCAGCGAAUUGUAAGCGACAAGACCCACAGACAUCGUUUCAAAAUCGGUAUUCACCUAUCUUUCAAUAUUGCAAAAGUCACCAGUAACCAUAUUUAUAAGGAAAAUAAUGGAAACAAAUUUGAGGGAUGUGAGAACGCUGCACAAAGCAGAGACACUAAUGAAUAAAUGGCGCAAUAAACAUUAGUUUCAAUAACAUAAAAGUGUUCUGGGUAGAUGGUUACAUGCGUAUGUUAAAAUUUGUUGUACGAAUGUUAAAAUAGAACGAUUUGCAAGGGCUGUGUAUCAAGCACAUAAACUAUACGCACUGGCAUAUAGAUGUAGCGAUAGUGGCCAA